UCAUCGCCAGCUUCCUCAUCGCCAGCUUCCUCAUCGCCAGCUUCCUCAUCGCCAGCUUCCUCAUCGCCAGCUUCCUCAUCGCCAGCUUCCUCAUCGCCAGCUUCCUCAUCGCCAGCUUCCUCAUCGCCAGCUUCGGCAUCGCCAAAGGUGCGCCUGGCUGACGGGCCCGACGAUGGCAGCAUGGUUGACGGACCCGACGACGGUAGCAUGGCUGACGGUGGAUCCGAAAACACCAGCGCGAUUCUUGCGAAGGACGCACCCAGCAUUUCUCUUUCUGGUGACAGCUCCGUUGCUUUCGACAACCUUACACGUGUGAGGCCCGAUUCAGGAAGCGGUGACGGCACGAUGCAUGGGUGUGUGUCUCUUCUGUUUCUGCUGCUAUUGGGGCUAUGGGGCUUUGCGGCCCUGUGCUGA